ACCGCGUGCCAACAGCAUUAACAGUGAGGCCUCUAUUUUCAUUACCAUAAGCGCCGCCCAACGGGCCGUGCUUAUCAUAAUCGCCAACUCUGAUUGGCUGUCGCUGUCGCUGUGUAGUGUAGUGUGUACUGGCGGGCCUUGCAGGAUGGGAUAAAUUGUACGCGGGCAUAUUUGGAACAAUCAUUCUGAGUCAAGAAAAACACCUGAACGUUGGUGUGAUAUGCGUAACACAUUUACCACAGCUCCGUGCGGGGCCGAGCUUUGAAUCGCUUGAAUCAGCAUCACUCUGUGUGCACUGAUCGCCGCUUCACCUGUGCCCACAGGUCUGCACUGGGAUAUUUUUGUACUUUCAUUCCAAUAUACCACAAAUACCUCACUUCGUCACACUGGAGACGGAACACUCCACAACCAUGGUACCUCAGACGCAGAGUUUAGGCUUGAUCGGUAGCAGUCAGUCCAGCGGUCCGAGUUCGCCGGAGAGCAGCACAUCGGGCAGCGACUUGAGCAUGACGGGCAUCGAUCUCGGCGCAAUACUUCAACAGUCCACGCUGGACAUAUCCGAGGACAUUUGCCAGACUAACUGGAAGGCCAACAACGGGCACAUUAAGCGGCCCAUGAACGCCUUCAUGGUCUGGUCCCAGAUUGAGAGGAGGAAAAUCAUGGAGACCCAGCCGGAGAUGCACAACGCCGAAAUCUCGAAGAGGCUUGGACGCCGGUGGAAAACCCUGAACGACAGCCAAAAGAGCCCGUACGUCGAAGAGGCAGAGCGACUGCGGCUGCUUCACAUGCAGGAGUACCCGGACUACAAGUACCGACCGAGGAAGAAAGCCAAGCCAGCUAACAAGCAGGAGAACCCUACGCGUAACGGCGGAGUCUCCAAGCACAAACACAGCUCCAAGAGCAAGAGCAAAAACUCCUCCCGUCACCACCACAAUAAGGCUGACAGGGUGCCCAAGCUGAAGCUCACCAUCGACAAGAAAUUCCGGGAGAGUAUCAAGGCGAGCAAAGCCAUCGACCUGGGCUCCACGCAACUCACCCCACCCGCCAAGGUGCCCUCGAGCCCCACCGGAUCUACACCGGAUUCGCCCGUUGACGGCAGGAGUAUGUACGAAGACUAUGUGGACGUCUGCCCGAAACCGCAGCAGCAUGAAGCCCAGCAGCAGCAACACCAGCAACGGAUCGCCCCCAUUAUGAUCAAGCAACAGCAUCACCAUCAACUGCAGCAGCAACAACAACAGCAGCAGCCACAGCAGCCUUCCACUGUACCCAUCAACAACAACAGUACUCACACAGACUUGAAUACUGCGCAGGCGAAUAGCCAACUUGCCGGGCUGACGGAGGAAUUCUUCCCCUCGACGUGGCCCAAUUUCGACCUGCAGGACUUGGGCAGCUUAGCGGACGACCUGAGCCCGUUGGACUCCUGCAGCAGUAACGGGUCACAUUUCGAGUUUCCUGACUAUAUGACGCCAGAGGUGAGUGAGAUGAUUCAAGGAGAUUGGCUGGACACGAGCUUUGCUUCCCUAAUAUCAGCGUGUACGAACUAAUCAACAGUAAGAUGAGGGAGAGCACAUUAUGGUACCUACUAGCCUUGAAAACCAGCUGCCUCAUUGUGUGUAAGUAACCAAAAGGGAAAAGAGAAACACAGACUCGUGCGUGCCCCGGUUGUUUCUGUUUUCACUUAUUCCACGAAAAUGGAAAAACUGGUGGGGCCUCGCUUCCGUCGUGUUCUGUACCACCUUAGCCGAGACACGUUUACAGCACCGAACUAAACUCAGAAGAGAAAACACUGUCCGGGCCCCUCACGCUGGGGACCAGACCCGAGUCACAUUGCCGCUAGUACGCAGUGACUGUGGCACCGUGUAACCGCUGUGUGUGCCCGACGAAUAGUCGCCAUUCACCCUUCAACCCAAUCAAAUGGAUGCCUGGAGCAGACUGUUGAUUUUCUUUUUCAUUUAUUUUCUCCACAAGAAUUUCAAGCAACCUACGGGCUAUCAGGUUUUCGUGUAAGGACAAGACUUUUGUAACUGCCGCUGUGAUCCGUCUGUGUCUUGUAAAUUUUAUUUCUUGUGUUGAGCUUAUUGAGAUAAAUGAUUUGAUUCACGAGUCACAUUUUGAUACAGUACGAAAGUCAAACUGUUAACUGUCUUUUACACCCUUGUCACAAUGCGUCAAUCCCACGGCGUCUUAUUUGUCUGUGAAAAAUAGCUGUACAGUUUUAUCCUAAUUUUAUUGAAAUUAUUAUUUAUGCAACGUUUUGUAUGAUACCUUAAAAUAGCUAUUAUACCUGUUUGUGUUGAGAUUUUGUACAGUAGAAGUCACAGUUUUAUCUUCGUAUGCUCCCGGUGGGGUUUCUUCGUUUUGCUUUGGAUUUGGGGUUGCUUUGAACGGAUGCAAGUUAGUCUAUCUGGAAGCUAAACUUGAGGAAAAAUAUGCAGACUUGCUAAAUUUUGCUAAUUUAUUUCAAACGGCAAAUGAAUAAGUGUACAAUUUGCAAUUCAGCGAAUCUUGUUGACAAUGUUAAUACAGAAGACUAGUACAAGUACAGGAACGAAUGGACAGAGACAAGUGGUUGAUUGGACGGUGAUUGUAAAACGAGAGAAAAAAAAUGAAAAAAGAGGAGCACUUAUGUAUAUUUGUACUAUUGUAGAUUUUCCUCGCUAAUUUUAAUAUACUAUUUUGUGUCUAUUUUGUACAUUCAGAAUUAUCUUCCUUAGACUAUUGUUUAUAAAUGUUACAAAAAAGUAUGUCUUCUUAAACGCCGCUUGUAUUUAUGUACGUUUUGGACGAUUCGUUUCCAUGCUGCAGUUACCGACUUCGUCAAAAUUCUGUUCACUGCAUCAAAAAUGUCUGCCCAAAUUUCUGCGACAAAUGGUUUUGUACAAAAAGUAUUUUUAUUCCAAUUUUUUCUCGCUAAAGAAGUGUGAAACGACCACCCUUUUGGUGUUGCAUUUUUUCUUAAUUUCCUACUGAAACAAAAACCAAUCGCAUUUGUGGCAAAAAAAAAACAUUCGAGAAAGAUUAUAUUUCCUGACAAUGUAAUCAUAUUUUGUAAAUAUAUUUUGAGUAGAUUUUUUCUGAUUUGAUACUAAAACUUUGGUACGCAUAACUUAUACUUAACGGAAAAUUGAGUGGAUGGAGCAUCUUAAUAAUAUUGAAAAAACGCCUCUUUGAGGUUGUAACUUAAGGUGUGUGAAAGUUGUUUCUGAUUUGUAUUUCAUCCGUUUUUUCACCAUUGCAACUUGGAUCUAAAGCUGGUUUCACUCUGAAAUACUUUGCAUAUAUUUCCCAAAUUAUAAAUCGCACCAAUAUUAUCGA